ACUCAGGGGAGGGACUUGGACACUGAAGCGAGAAGGGACACCUGGCGCUGCGUGUGGCUCCGGCUGAACUUGAGAGAGGACGAGUCGAGCAGCUGUUGGUCUCCGUGGCGCCAGCGACGACUGCCGGCAGGGAGGAGGCGGCCAGCUACCAGGAAGCUCCUGGAGCCUGACUUCAGGAACUGGGUGGGGCAGUGAACCCCGAGUGACGCUGCUGCUGGGGUGGAGGCUGAUUGGCCCCCGGAUGCAGCCAGCCGUUCCUGCCUGCCCAGGAAGCGGCUCUGAGCUGUCCCGGUGGCUAGACAGCCCGCAGGUGUCCUGCCCCACCCAGCCCGGCCUCCCUCGAAACUUGGCUGAGUUCUCCUUUGAAGAACAAAACAGAGCCACUUUUAGGUCCUGCUGUGACGGAAAAAGAUGGUCCUCAAAACCCAGGAGGAGGACGCCCCCAGCGACCUGACUGCAGAGGAACGUCAGGAACUGGAGAACAUCCGGCGGCGAAAGCAGGAGCUGCUGGCCGACAUCCAGAGGCUGAAGGAUGAGAUAGCGGAAGUGGCUAAUGAAAUCGAGAGCCUGGGGUCCACGGAAGAGAGGAAAAACAUGCAGAGGAACAAACAGGUAGCCAUGGGCAGGAAGAAAUUUAACAUGGACCCUAAAAAGGGCAUCCAGUUCUUGAUAGAGAACGACCUGCUGAAGAACACCUGUGAAGACAUCGCCCAGUUCUUGUACAAAGGCGAAGGGCUCAACAAGACGGCCAUCGGCGACUACCUGGGGGAGAGAGAUGAGUUCAAUAUCCAGGUUCUCCACGCGUUUGUGGGGUUGCACGAGUUCACCGACCUUAACCUUGUCCAGGCGCUGCGGCAGUUCCUGUGGAGCUUCCGGCUCCCGGGGGAGGCGCAGAAGAUCGACCGGAUGAUGGAGGCCUUCGCCCAGCGGUACUGCCAGUGCAACGGCGGGGUGUUCCAGUCCACGGACACGUGCUAUGUCCUCUCGUUUGCCAUCAUCAUGUUGAACACCAGCCUGCACAACCCCAACGUCAAAGACAAGCCCACGGUGGAGAGGUUCGUGGCCAUGAACAGGGGCAUCAACGACGGCGGCGACCUGCCCGAGGAGCUGCUGCGGAAUCUGUAUGAGAGCAUCAAAAACGAGCCCUUUAAAAUCCCGGAAGACGAUGGCAACGACCUCACGCACACCUUCUUUAACCCGGACCGCGAGGGCUGGCUCUUGAAACUCGGUGGCAGGGUGAAGACUUGGAAGAGGCGCUGGUUCAUUCUGACUGACAACUGCCUGUACUACUUCGAGUACACGACGGACAAGGAGCCCCGUGGGAUCAUCCCGCUGGAGAACCUGAGCAUCCGGGAGGUGGAGGACUCCAAGAAGCCCAACUGCUUUGAGCUCUACAUCCCCGACAACAAAGACCAAGUGAUCAAGGCCUGCAAGACGGAGGCCGACGGGCGCGUGGUGGAGGGGAACCACACCGUGUACCGGAUUUCUGCCCCGACGCCCGAGGAGAAGGAGGAGUGGAUUAAGUGCAUCAAGGCGGCCAUCAGCAGGGACCCUUUCUACGAGAUGCUGGCGGCACGGAAGAAGAAGGUCUCCUCCACGCGAAGACACUGAGUCCGCCGCGGUGGGGCCUGCGUGGCGCCAGGCUCUCCGUCCCUGCCGAGCGGGAGCGUCUGCGGGCAUCAGCCGAGUGCUAGAGACUGGCUUCAGCUUUUGCUGCUUUUUAGGUGGGAGAGGGGUAGGCCGUUAGCACUGGGGAAGGGGGACUGACGCCUGUCCCGCAGGGCCUUUGAGCCUCUCCCAGGAAAGGACAGCUGUCAGCAAGGCCGCGUGCCCGUGGGUGUCCCCACUCCGCAGGACCCACGGUGGCUCUCGGGGCCGGCCGUUUCCUCCGGGUCGUCCCCCCGUGAAGAAGCCUUCACCCCACAGUGCAAACACACGUACUGAUGCAUCGUUACACGUCAGGGUGUGACGGGAGAGAAGCCACGUACUAUAAAGAUAUAUUUUUGGGUUUUAAAAAAGAAAGCUAGAGCCGUUCAGACGCAUCUGCCCCAUCUGGCUGGGCGGCUUCUCCCUGGGUAGCUGCCGGGCGUCGGGCCCAGGUGGGACCAGGCCGCCCCUUCUGCGCCUCGGGGGCCGGUGGGCACGAGAGGGUCUCAGGACGUGACACGGCGUCCCACGGGCCCGCAGCGGCCUGGGGCAGGCGACGCUCCCCAGCCCCGGCCCAGGAGCACUGAGCGGGGAGAGAACCGUCUGGCACUCACAUCGCUCUUCCCCUUCAGAAUUCAUUCCUGUCGGGCUUUAAAGUAGAAGUCAGCAUUUUUCCUUGAGCUAAGUAACUAAUAACCAAAACUGUGAGGCAGGUAACCCCCGCAGGGGCUCCGGGGUGACCUGGCCGUCCCGUUCGGUCGUCCUUCCUCCCCAGACUCCAGUCCUCGUUGUAGAGGAGGGAGCCGGUCUCAUUUCAUCACCCCGGGGCUUCAGCGUUCCCGCCUCACCUGGACGGGAGGGGCCGGGGCCUUCACCUGCUGGUCGGCGGCGGCAGGUGUACGGGGGUGGGGCGGUGGGCUGCGUGUCGCUCUGCUGCCCCCGACGGCGCGUGGGAGCCCAGCCUCUGCCCUCCCGACCCGGUGCGCGGGGAGCCACGCCGCGCAGCCUUCUCCUGCUUUUCUCUCAGGGACUCUCGGGGGCGCCUGCCACUCGCCCAGGACCCGCGUGCCGGUCCGGGUCGUCUGGGGCCAGGCGGUGCCGAGCGCUGCCUUGCGGAAGAAGGUCACCCCCGGGCAGCGGGGCCUAGCCCCCCGACACCCGAAGGGCAGGCUCACAUCUCAUCUCUGGAAAUAGCUUUUGUAAAAGGGACUGGUGGAGGAGUGUCGGGGGACCCUUCGGGGCCCCCCGUUCGUGCAGGUUACCUGGAGCUCGUGGAGGUGGCAGGAGGGUCCAGGCGGGAGACCCAGGGCGGUGCAGCCGCUGUCCCAGUGGCCUCAGGCCACGCCGGAGCCCGCCCUCCGCUGGCCAAGCCCUGGCGCUGGGUCUCCACCUGUCACCUGGACAGAGAGUCACCUGGUCAGUAUUAGUCUAUUUAUCAGAGGUGUAAAUAAUCCAUGUAUAGUUUUUCUCCUUUUAGAUUAUUUUGUAUUUGUUUAAAAAAAGUUUUCUCAAAAUAUAUAAAGAAAUGACAAAGUUGUUGACAGGGUUUUUAAAAAAUGAUAAUUAUUAUUCCAAUUGUUUUUUGGUUGUUUUUUUGCAUUGUAAACUAGCGCCAAGGAACUGCAGCAAAUAAACGCAGAUCUGCCCAAACCGUC